CAGACGCGAAGUUAACGGAAGUAGAAUUUUAAAAUGAAACAAAUGUUUACCUAUUUUUAAAAAGUUUCGAACAUAUCCUAGAAGUUUUAAUAGAUAUCUUUUAAAUAGCUAGCUAAACAAAAUGGCGUCUGUUUUGAUCUGGUUUCAGCUCACAAAUAUCUUCUGGUUCAGGAGGACCCGACACUUGCGAGACAUUUUAAAGGCCACAAAGAUGCUGUCACGUGUGCAGAUUUCAGUCCCAACAACAAGCAGCUGGUAUAUGAUCGUUUUUCCCCCAGCCACUGGAUCCUGUGACAAGACUCUGAUGAUAUGGAACCUCAACCCCAAAUCCAGAGCGUUCAGGUUUGUCGGACAUCAGGAUGUCGUAACCGCCGUGCACUUCUCCCCGUCUGGCGAACUGGUAGCUUCUGGAUCAAGGGACAAGACUGUGAGAUUAUGGACGCCCAAUAUCAAAGGAGAGUCGAUGGGGUUUAAAGCGCACACGGCAACCGUACGCAGUGUGAGCUUCUCCGCCGAUGGUCAGAGGCUGGUUACUGCUUCAGACGACAAGUCUGUGAAAGUGUGGAGUGUGCAUCGGCAAAAAUUCAUCUACUCCCUCAACCAACACACCAACUGGGUGCGCUGUGCCAGGUUUUCUCCAGAUGGGCGGUUGGUGGCGUCAUGCGGCGAUGACAGGACGGUUCGUCUUUGGGACACGUCCACUCGCCUGUGUGUCAACACGUUUACCGAUUACGGCGGACCAGCAACGUUUGUGGACUUCGACAGCAGCGGUACUUGUAUCGCGUCCUCGGGAGCGGACAACACGCUGAAGAUCUGGGACAUUCGAACAAACAAACUCAUUCAGCAUUACCAAGUCCACAGUGCCGCCAUCAACAGCUUUUCCUUCCACCCGUCGGGGAAUUACCUGAUCAGCGGCUCCAGCGACAGCACGGUGAAGAUCGUGGACCUGCUGGAGGGACGACUGAUCUACACUCUCCACGGCCACAAGGGUCCAGUGCUGGCCGUGGCAUUCUCUCGAGAAGGAGACCUCUUUGCGUCAGGUGGAUCUGAUAGUCAGGUCCUCAUGUGGAAGACCAACUUCGACGCCCUGAACUACAGGGAGAUGUUGAGCAGACACAGGAAGCGUGUAACUCCAGAUCCUCCUCCUCACCUGACGGACAUCUAUCCCCGCUCCCCACACCUGCACCUCGCCCACAACGGAGCCGUGGAGAUUAACCCCGCGGUCGCCGACGUCCACUCGGCUCAUCCUCACGUGGUGGAGGUAGGAGAGGAUCCUUUCUACACUACGCUAUGCUUCCGUCGUGUUAUCACAGCCUGGCUGGUGCUGAGUGCUUUUGUUAUGGCCGUGGGCGGAAGCUGGACCAGUGCUCUGAUGACCUGUGCUGGCGUUUCAGCCUUCUCCUGUAAAUGCAGACUGAAUAAAAAAAACCACUGAAAUAGAAAAAGUCUAUAUUCAUCCAUAAACAGCCUAUAUUCAUCUAUAAGUGUUUAUGUGCUUUAUAAAAUGUACAAAAGUGGGUACAUCUACAGCUGUGUGUAAAAGUUUGCACGCCCAUUCAAUGGGGUUUUUUGAAUAUAAAAAUGAAAAGAGAUGGUCAAAUAUUUAUAUAUAAAUAGAAAUCCUCCCACAAGUCUUGAUUAAAUAAAUGAAGUGUCUGACCCGCUGACUUCGAAAAUGAUCGACUGAAUCAUAACGAGCUCCGUGGCAGAACUAGAGCUCCAAAGUCGGCUAAAAUGGCAGGCUGUCCACGAAAGAACAUGAUCACAUGACCAGCGUGUUCUCUGCAUGUUUUAACUCUAUGGGUUACGCAGAUAGGGACAGUGCAUUGGCAUUACAUGCAUAAUGAAUAUAAUGCUGAUUCCCAUGAUGCAAAUAGUCACAUUUUUUUGCAUCAGGAUGCGUCAUGCCACGAUGUACCCUUCCUUACACCUCUAACUAAUCAUAGAACAUUCACAGAACAUUCUGAGCUGUACGUCGGUGCACAGCUCGAGCUCCUAAACCCUGUGCCUCUCCUCCUCAGAAAGGUAAUCAAGCAUCUGCAUGUUCCUAGACCGCACCGUAAUGGUUAAUUAUAGUGAAUGUUAAUCCCCGUCCCCUGAAUUCUAAUUCUAGUUCCCAGUACACGGAGCACUAAGCACGGUUGGUUACACCUCCUACACACACUGCGAGAACAUUUCAGCCUCUGGUGUCACUGCUGAGCGAGCCUGCUUUCAGACAGCAGUGCCUCAAAAUGCUAUUUUUUACCAAAAAGAAGAACUGCUGCAACUCCAUGCCACCAUUCUGCAACACCAAAUAAUCUUCAGCGGACACGCCGGGCCUGUUGGUACAUCUCACGUUGGUAAUUCAGGUUUGGUUUGAAAGAGAGACUUUUCGGGCUUUCUUACUGGCAGUUUAGUCCAAAACAGAGCACGGUUCGGCAGUAAAAAUUGGUCAAGUGGAGGCGCACCGCGGUACCGAACCCGAGACCACCUGUAGGAGGUGGUCUGAGCUCGGUUGCGCUGGAACUGUGCCACAAUUCCCGUGAACGUUAACGCAACUCGUCCUCGGGUCCGCACUUGUUCAGGAAGUAAAGUAACCUGCGCUCGUGUUUUAGCCGAAGACGACGUCGUUAGUUUCCACAACACACUAAUCUAAUAAGUGAGUGGCAGGGGAACAUUGUGGGGCACCGAAAGGAUCCGCUGCUGCGCGUAAUCGCAGCAAAAUAAUGCAAAAACCAAAAAUAUGGUGAGUCGCGUUGUGUUCUCCAUGCGCAAGAUGAACUUAAAUGUACCGGGGUUCAGUAAAAUCAAGUGAGUCUGAAACCAGACCGACGCUGCAGGGGCGCCGAGAACACUCGCACUCGGAUUCAGACCGCAGCAAACGUUCCCAGUGCGAAAAGUAGCUUUUAAUUACAUUAACCGUGUAAUAAUUCUCGCACGUACCCAAAGCUCUGCGACUCAGUUGAGCAUGUCAACGAUGUGAGCAGCCAUGCCCAUAUGACGCCAAACGCAUCAAAAGACAAAAAUAGACCGGAAACACGAAACGAGUCCUGAACCUUGUGUGUUUGUGUAACGAAUGUGUCAUGGCUCAGUUUAGUUAUUUUAAAGGUUAUAGAAUCUCUGUGGAAAAGCACCGUUUUUACAGAGAAGCCUUCUCCAUACACAAUGGCUGAAAAUACACUGACAGUCCAUUGACACCGAGUCUAAAAAUAGCAUCGUGUUCAUACUGCAGGUAACCGGGACAAGUCGGAGGCGAAUAACGAGCUGCUUGGCUCGACCUUCUGCUUUUCAGCAUCUGCGCUCUUCUUCAUCU